AAAUACUUUGAUAUAUUUUAGAUUUGCUGAGGAAAUAAAGCUAUAGGCCUGGAUCUCGCGUACUAAAAUAAAUUUGAUUAUUAGCAAGCUGAAAAUUUGUCAAUAGCUUAACGGUGUCUAGUCGGACAAACUUUGAUGCAUGGGAACACUGGAACAGGAUAAGUUUUAAUAUUGUGGAACAGGUUAAAAAUUUGGAACGGCAGACUACGAAAACGUCCCAUUUAUUUUGUCGGACAGAACUUCCGAUUGAUUUGUUACUGUUACCCUUUCAUUAAACUCUCAUGCAAAAAUCAGACUGCUAAUUAUCACCAACAUAAUUCCUGUCAUUUGACAUGUUCUACGUGUCGGACUUAAUAAAACGCCCAGUUGGUGAUAAAUUCUAGUCUAAUUUUUGUAUGAGAGUUUAAUAAAAGGGUAAUAAAUUCAUUGGAAGUUCUCUCCGACAAAAUAGAUGGGACGUUUUCGUAGGCGACGUUCCAAAUUUUUAACCUGUUCCACGAUCCAAAACUUUCCCUGUUCCAGUGUUCUCAUACAUCAAAGUUUUUCGUUAAGCUAUUAACAAAUUUUCAGCUUGCUUUUAAUCAACAUUUUUCGGUACGCGGGAUCCACGCCUACUACUAGUGUAGGUAUCAGUUUUUCAUUAACAACCACCCAUUAAUCCGUUUUAUUAGUGAGUCCUUCUAGUAACAAACAGUUUUAGGAUGUUUUACCAAAAAAUGAGGUGUUUGAAUGGCAACCCGUUGCUCUUCAGAUGCAUAAUUCAUUGGCUUGUGAACCCCUACCCUCCAUUGCGUCAUUUACCUCUUUUCUCCACGAUCUUCUUGGUCUUCCCUUUCUCGUGCGGUAGACGGGGAUUUACUGUAACGGUAACAUUCUCUUUGUCCAGAUUUGAUCUUUCAUCCUUUCGACAUAGCCAUACCAGUUCAACCUUUUGUAUUCUGUAGUUUCAUUCAUUGCUAAAUUAUUGCUUCUAGUAAAAAAUUGCUUCUAGUAGCUAUUUCUUUUGUAUUCCGACCAUCGUUUGUAAUACUUACACCUAGAUAUUUAUAGCUAUCAGUAUUUUCGAUUUGUAUGCAUCUUAGUUCUUACUGCCUUUCUUUACCUGUCACUACUACAUAUUCUGUAUGUAAUGAAUUAAUUAAUAAACCUCACUUAGUAUAUUCUUCCUCUAUUUUUCGCAACAUAUAGUGGAUAUCGUCUUGAUCGUCUGCAAGUAUUACUUGAUCGUCCGCAAAAUGAAAACUGUACAGUUUAUGAUCUCCAAUUUUAACGCCCACAGGUUCACAUCGUCAUGGAAACCGCAAUAUGUCGUAUGUCAAAAAAUAAAUUUUUUUUAUUGCACCUCUAUGGCCAACUUGUUGAUCUGCACAACAUGUAAUAGGUAUUAUGUCAGUAAACCAAUCAGAAGCUCAGUAUCCCCCCCUUUGCAAUAAGUCGGUCUGACAUCUGCUUGAUAUUUGGUUACGACAAAUAGUUGUAUGCCACAGUCUGUGAUGAGUUUUGUUUGUUCCCUUCCAUUUUGGUCAGUGUAAGUUGUUGUAUGUCACUACAUUUCAAGUUUUAUUGUUAUUGUUUAUAUUACCUAUAGUUGUUCUUCAAUAAAAACAUUAAAGGUAAGUAAUUUUAUACUCACUAAUAUCAUUUUACUUUAAUUUAUCACUUUCACGUCGAAUUUUUUCGUUUUCUGGUAAAAACGCAUGUUGAUCCUAACCUAAAUUUUAAAAUUUAAUCAAAUUGAUUGUUUUAUCGAGGGAGCUAAAUCUCAAUUAUAGCAAAAUUAUAAAUGUUAAGGCUUUUAACAAGUAGCAUGUUGAUAUUUUUACAUUCACGUUGUUUUGAAGUAUAAUUUUAAAGGUUGAUUUAUGACAUACAACGUUUUGCAUCUAUAAUUUUGGACACCAAUUUGACAUACGACAUAUUUUUAUCUUUUGCAGAAUAGUUGGAGAGUGGAAAAAAUUAUUAAAUAAGAUGUUUGGACAAAGCCGUGGAAAAUACUUAAUGAAUCUUGCAAUACAAAAGAAAAGAACUAAAGAUGAUUUGGAAAACUGUGAAGCUACUGUUGCCUCGGGACCAAGUCAAGCUCAGGAUGGACCAAUGGAAGUUGUAAAUGAAGGUCAUUCUGAACGGGCGACACUAGAAAAUUUGGGUCCAUUAGAGUUACUUGGUAUGGAUGAAAAUAAUAUUAUUUUGCUUGAGAACGUUUCUGACCAAGAAGCUGGAUUGUUUUUUAGUCAACCUUUGGAAAUACAAAUAACAGGAGAUCAACCACCAACACUUAAUGAGAAUGUUGAAACAUUGCAGUACCAAGAAUUGGAGGUACCAGUUCAUGAAAUUUCGUCAGUUAUUUCCAGCAAUUCUAAUUUCAACAGUGAUUCUGAUGAACAGUACCAACCUCCCAGUAGCAAUUCGACUGCAUCCAUUGAAUCGGAUGAUUCACAACCUCCUAGUAACAAUUCGACUGCAUCCAUUGAAUCGGAUGAUUCAAUACGAGUAGCCAGCGUCCUCCAAGCUGAAAAUAAUGAACAAUCAGCUACUGAAGAAACUGCUAGUAAAAGGAAAAAACGUAGGGGAAAGAGGAACGGCAACGAGUAUAAAAGACAAAAAAACGCAGAGAUGCGCUUAUUUGGGAAAUCCUAUGUUGGUUUCAAAAAGGAUGCCUCUGGAAAAUAUAAACAAAUCAAACAAAUAGACGAGAAGAAAAUUGGUCCUCGUUGUAGGGGGCACACUCGCAUGAAAAAGGGGGGACCAAGACAAAGUUUUUUUUGUGACCAAAUCAACGAUGAAGAACGCAGUCGUCUUUUCUCAGAAUUCUGGGCUUUACCCAACUGGGACUCUAAAAAAACUUAUAUAAAAAACAAUGUAUUGCAUUCUGAGCCAAAAUACAAAAGAAAUGACAGUAUUGAUGUCUCGAGAAAAAAAACGACCUUCCGUUUUUAUUUUUCAAUGAGUGAUGGGAAUAGGGGCAAAGUUAAGAAACAAGUUUGUAAACAAAUGUUUAUGCACACAAUAAGCAUUGGGGAAAGACCAUUACGUGAUUGGGUGAAACCUCCUGAAACCAGUAGCUCUCAGGCAAGCACAUCUGUAGAGAAUAUUUCUGCCUCAGAAAACGCGAUUAUAGAAUUAAAGGAGUGGCUGAACUCUCUGGCAAAGGUUGAAUCGCAUUACUGCCGCGCCUCUUCUGAUAAAUUAUACCUAGAGCCAGUCUGGGGUAGUAUGAGAGACUUUUAUCGAAAAUAUGUGUCAAUAUUUAAGGGUUUAGGAAAAACUAAAGUAUCGAGGACAACUUUAAAAAAAAUUAUGGACAAUAUGAACCUAGCAUUUUACACACCAAAAAAAGAUCAAUGUAAUGAAUGUACCAUGCAUGGAGCUGGAACUCUGGACAAAGAAUCGUAUGCAAAGCAUAUUAAAAAAAACAAGAAGCAAUUGCUGAAAAAGAGGCUGACAAAAGCAAAGCCCUUAAAAAUAGUGGCGAAGUCAGAUCUUAUACAGUUGACCUACAAGCUGUGCUUCUGGCACCACGUUUAAAUGCGGCAGC